AUGGGUCCUGUAGAGUUCAUUAAAAACUUUUUUGGAGAUCGGAAAGAUGAACGAUGUGAUGUUGGAAGAGGCGAAGCUGUGGUCAAUACACAAAUCUGGUCAAUUUUAACGUUUUACAUCACAUUGGAGGCCACUGAUCCGGUCCACGACGACUCACUUGUUACAUUCCAGACCUGUGUCACCGAUACUGUCCUCAAGCAUCAAGCACGUUUGAGAGCCUUCACAACUACUUGCAGAAUCAAGCCUCAAGUCCCAGGAACGGGAGAAUUAGGUUCCAUUUGGUACCCAGAUGAUGACGUAGAUGCCUGUUACAAAGUUGAUUUGCCUAAUUGGCUACAAGAUGAUGCACUUUCAGGGGAGGAUAAGCUUCAAUUCUAUGAGGUGAAAGAUAUGGAGUUGAAGGACAACCAGUGGCUUUAUCUAUAUGCCGAGUUUGCAUUGUUCUCCCAUUCGGGCGAUGACCUGAGCGCUUAUAUGCCAUUUGAGAUGAAGAAAGUAGUGGUGCAAACCAAGGAAGAUAUGAAGCUCAAGUCGGGCAAUGCAGUCUUCUACCUGAGUUUCAAGCCCCGUGGUGGUCCAGAGUGCAGAGGUGUAGUAAGGAGAACUACUGAUGGAAGACAUGGACACAUGUGCCUUGAAGCUAGGUGUUGGAUUGACAAGUAGAGUUGCUGGUUCCGUCUCUUCGGGCUGUUCUCUAGUUCAUUAGUUAUCUCUAUUUUAUAAGUUGAUGAUGAUGUCUUUUCACUAACUCCAGUACUUGUAUUUCCUUAUCAUCUACUCAAGUUAUGCCUUUGACUAAUUCUCUUGUUCUUUAAUGAUUUAAGGUCGCUUU